GCCGUCUAUCGCCAGGUAGUUGCCUUUCACAUCCGAGUGCGUGUUUUUGAGCCUGAAGCGGUAUUUUUUACGGAUUUUUCACCUAGCCUCUAGACCUACAUUUCUUUCGAAGUGUAGGAUGCACUAAAUGGCGAUUGUUUCUCAAAGAUCCGUCGAUUUACGUAAAGAUAAGGACAUAAUAAUGCCGUCAGCUUUCGGUAUAAUCGAACCAGAGGACCGAAGGGACCCGCUCACCACGCACGGAUUAGCGGGACAAGUUAGCUCCAUAUCCGGAGCGACAUUCGCCGCACAAACAACUCCCCGCCUAACACAUACGCCGACCACGGAUUUUCAACCGCCCUACUUUCCGCCCCCCUACCCCCCGCAGUCGAUGGAUUUCAACGCGGCUGCGCAUAUGAACCCAGCCGAUCCCUACAUCAACCAUUUUAACCAGCAGUAUUUCCCAGACAACCGCCUACUGCAACGCGACGAACAACUGCAAAGGGGCUAUGCUGCCUACGGUAGAGACUACGCUAGACGGCCAGAUAUUUUAUAUCAAGCUGGCCACCCUGACUUACACCCGGAUUCCGCCCUACUCGGACUUCAUGGUUCUGCUCUGCCAGCGGCUUUGGAAGACGCUUCGCAGGGCGACGGCGACGCCUCCUUCGCUCAUUCCGAACACGGAAGCGUCAUCAAACGAGCUUCAUCAGUUCGUAAACACGAUAACAAGGACCUCGUUGUCUCCGGCCUUCACUCUCCGGCUGAUGUCUUUUGCCAAGUUCCCGGCCGCUUAUCACUCCUCUCGUCUACCUCCAAAUACAAGGUGACAGUCGCCGAAGUUCAACGAAGGUUAAGCCCACCCGAAUGUCUCAACGCCAGUUUAUUAGGCGGUGUUCUACGGAGAGCGAAAUCGAAGGACGGCGGCAGGAGGCUGAGGGAUCGAUUGGAAAAGAUCGGGCUCAAUCUGCCGGCUGGCAGACGGAAGGCGGCAAACGUAACGUUGUUCACAUCGCUUGUUGAAGGCGAAGCUGUUCGAAUGGCCCGAGACUUUGGUUAUUUAUGCGAAACGGAAUUUCCAUCCCGCCAAACCGCCGAAUACGUAGUCCGCCAACACAGCGAUCCAACAGAACAGCAUACGAGGAAACAAAUGAUUCUAGCAGCAAAAACCGUAGUUAAGGAACUUUGCGAUGUAAUCAACCAAGACCGCUCGCCUUUAGGCAAUACCCGGCCACAGACAAUCCUUGAUCCGAGUAUACAGCGCCACCUCACCCAUUUCUCGCUUAUUACACAUGGAUUCGGCUCACCGGCCAUGGUGGCCGUCUUAAAUUCGGUGCAAACUUUCCUUGGCGAAAUGCUCAAACAGAUCGAGAAGAAUUUUCCAAGUACAGUCAACGUCGGCCCAAUCGACGCGAAAAGUUCGGGAAAAGAGAAAGAAAACCGUAAAUAGCGCCAUCUUCCGCCUUGGGACUGACAAAAAAGUUAUAUAUAUAUAUAUAUAUAUAUG